UUUUUGUGUGCUGAUAAAUUUUUUUUAACAUUUUCCUUUUUUUUUUUGUAAUAAAAAAAAAAAAGAAAUUCAUUCUAUUGCAAGCAACUUAAACAAAAUAGAACAAUACACGUUAUCAGAUACAAACAUUGUGAAAUAUCUCAUCAAUUUUCUUUUAUUUUUGUUUAUUUCGAUUUCGAUAUUUUUGUUUGGUCACUGUUGGAGAGAGAGAGCGACGACAAACCGAACAAAAAAUCCCAACUAGAGAACUCUUGCGAGAAGUUUUCUUUUUCAUUUUUUUUUUUUUUUAUUUGUAUUUCGUUCCUUUCUACAGUCUUUGCUAAACUCUACAUAAAGAAGAACAAAAAUAUAAUAAAUAAUAAGAAACUAUAAAAGCGAUAACUCUAGACACAAUAAAGUUGAGUUCUAGCGAACAAAACCAACACAUAAAAUAUAUAUUAUAAAAAAAUGGACAUCAGUGAGAGUUAUGACCCCCAACAGCAGCAACAACAACAGCAACAAACACAAUCUCAAGAACAACCACAACAGCCGCAACAGCCUCCGCAAUUGGUGUUCCCUUCCGUGCAACCAUUUCCAAUGAAUGGUUUCAAUGAUACAACAGCACCAAUGCAAGAUUUUGCUAGAAGACCGAUUCAGGAUUUUCCGAGGAGACCGAUGGAAGCGAUAGAAGCACCGCCACCAACUCCAGUUUCGGCUGAAGUUGAUAUUGAUUCGUGUUUGUUGCAACAAUUCAGUUGUUUGGGAACAACGGAUCAUGAAGAUCUGAUAAAUCAAUUUCAAACAUUAAUGAACAAUCAGAUGAAUAAGGAGUCGGCAAGGUUCUUUCUGGAGAUGAGCAAUUGGAACCUCCAAACAGCAAUCGGUUGCUUUCUGGACUUUUGCAACAUGCAAACGUUACCAUCAAUGAAGAUCAUUGCACAAUCACGUCCCUCUGAACUUAAGCAAGCAUGGAAGCUACAAAACGAUGGCAACGAAGAUUGGCCAAGCGGUUGUUUUCUAAUGUCCCCAAAUCAGACACGAAAAAUUGAGGUGCCAGUGAUACGACCUGGUGACACUUGUGACAUAGUUGCCGAUAUACCCCCAACGAAUCCUGCCAUAAUGUGGAGGCUAUGCACCCCAAAUGGCUGGUAUUUUGGAGAAACAAUAUGGAUGAUACCACCUGGCACCUGUGAUACCGCUGCUGAUUUGGCCGAUCGAAUGGCACAGCUACGAACAACCAAUUCAAUGAGUCCCGAGAGUUUUCCCCAAGUCAAUGUUGUGAUAAUGGUUAAUAUGGAAUGAACGAACGUGCUGCGUGUCUUUAGGUUGUUAGGUUGGGCGCUAUGUGUCACUUUGCAUAUUAUUAUAUUAAUUAUAUAUAAUUAAUUAUAUUGAACAAAACAAAAAACAAUACAAUGUAAAUCUAUUUUGGAGAUUCCCAUUUAAAAAAUUCUAAUUAAUUCUGUUAAAAAUUAUUAAAAACAAAAACGAAAAAAAAUUAAUGAAACUCUUUGUUCGGUUAAAUUUUAAACGAACAAAAAAAAUCGUUGAAUUAAAUAAGUAAACAUAAUUUUCUUUUUAAUUAAAGAAAAUAUAAAAUAAAAAAUAUACAUUUAUAUUCAUCCGUUAUAUUCUAUGUAUGUGCAAAUGAAAUGAGUAAAUUCUUUUGCACAAAAUCAAACAUUUCAAUAUUUAAACAAACAAAAAAUGGUUUAGAAAAUAAGUUUUUUUUUUUCAUUUUUGUUCUUUUAAUCAAGUUCUAAACUAAAACACAAAAUAAUAUUGUAUCA